UUCAGUCAAUGUGCAAAAUGAAGUUCCGCGAAAGUAAACUUGGGUAGUUGAAUCGUCUUCGAUACGUAAUCUAAAUCUAGUAUGUAAAAUUACACCUCAAUGGUAAUAAGAUGUUUUGCGCCAAAAUAUUGCAAAGGAAUUGCAAUUCUACCUCCGUCAGUUUCAUUUUGAAGGCUAAGUACUCACGACGCAGUCAAAAGAAUACAAGUACAUACAAGGUUGUUAAAUCCAACAACGAACCGCUCGAAGAUGUGGAAAACACUGUAUUUGGGGCAAAUCCCAACUGGGAAUUAUUGGCGCCAAGGGGUUUCCGAUUUUAUUUACCUGGGAGUGUUGGUCCUGGCUGGCUAGAUGCUUCGACAACGGCUCAGGUGGAAACGCGUUCAAUAGUGUUAGAUGAUGAGAAUAGCAUUGAGAAUUUGAUGGAAGCCGCCAAUUCUUGUCCACAACGCUCAGAUACGUAUGAAUCUGUACCGGAAAAAUCUGACGAUACUUUACUUGAAUCUAGUCGACCAAUUUUACAUUGUGUGGCUCAAGAAUGCCCAGUAUUGUUGCGAAAAGGUAUAACCGAGUUAUUCCCUGGAUGUAUGGAGAUAAACUCGCCGCAGUUAACGAUCGUGACCAUCAGUCAAAAACCAAAUCUUGAAACAAUGAGAUGGAGCAAAGAAGUUGAAACUGAAAAGUUAGCUAAAUAUUUCCUUCUUGCGGCAUCUGACAUCUGUACUAAGCUCAAAAUGAUUGGCUACUGGGCUGAUUUCAUAAAUCCAUUCAGUGGACAGCCGUACUUGAACCCCCAUAAAAAUGGUACUCUGUAUAAAACAGAUGAGCGUUUUAGAUGCCUUGGAUUUAAAAUUGAACAGAAAAGAUUCUGCAAGGUCAUCUCAAUUGAUAGUGAUCAAAGGAAUUUUAUCGGAAGUCUUUAUACAACAGCACCUCCCAGCACGGAGUUUUUAAAGGACCUUGUGAAUGAUCUAAACGAGCAAUGACAUGUAUCAAAUGGUGUUAGAAGAAAUUGUCAAUUCAAUAUCGCUGAUUAGUUGUUGAAUUAAGAUAAA